GUGGUACAUCGUUUGCCCGUGGAAACGUUCAUGGAAAGUGACCGGAAUACAAGCCGAUUUGCGUCCGGCGCCUUGAGGACAGCACCAUUGGGCAGAACGCGUCUCGAGCUCGGCAGCUUCGUUCUCUUAUUUGUGUUGUACAUCGUUCAUCCCUCCCUCGCGUUUCUCCCGUCUUAAUCAGUCUCCGCGUCGCCAAGAAAUCCUGGAGAGCGCGAGUCGACGGCAAGACGUAUCCCAUCUGGUCUGAUCGUCCGUCGGUAGCUUCGUCACACGCAGGCAGCAGCAGCGACAGGUUAGCGCAACAAUACCAGUAGGCAACAGGAUGAACCAGGGCGCUGCGGCGCCGCCAGCAGCGUCAAAAACCAGCGCUACUGCAGCUCCCGACCCAACGGACGUGAAUGUGGCUGCAGCCGCAGCCAACGCGCCGGACUGGAGCGACUCAGCUGACAACUCCAAUUCGCAAGAAGACGAGUUCAUCCCGCCACCACAGGGUCCGUCACUCUCGUACGAGCGCAAGAUUCGCCUGCACAAAUAUGCAGAGAACCGCGCUCGCUCGUGCCUUGGCCUGUUGUCCGACACGAGCAGUGCGCUCUGGAAGGUGCACGACUGUAAGAAUGACAUUGGGGUAUACAAGCCCAGCUCCGAUUGGUCCGAGUCGGUCUCAGCCAAGGCUGUCGUGUUUGCCAACGCAGCCUUCCCCAAUGUAUUAAAGACCAUCUACGACCUCAAGACGUCCGACAAGUUCAAGCUGUUCAUGCGCAAAGUGCUGGGCGACAUGUUCCUGGAUGCAGAGGUGCUCGAAGAUCUCAACGGCACUGGAGUCUACCCUAGUGCCAAUCCACCGCGAGACGCCCGUGAGAUGUACAAGCAGGCCGCUAUUAAGUGGUGGGCCAUCAAGUCCGGCUCACUAGCUAGCAAAUCGUCCGACUUCUACGUGUUGGAGGUAAGGUGGUUGCUGUCCAGCUCUGUAGACGACGUGGCGCGGCUGCGACUGCUGCUCUUCUUCUAUAUUUCAGCCAUUACUGGUUUUGCUGGCCACAUGGCCGUCCUAACGUGAUCCACUGACGAUAUGUACAUUGUGUGUGGUUGGUUUGACAGUACAUUGGCAUCGAGACGUCUGGUGGCGAUAUCGUGGCAUGUUAUCUCUUCCAGGAAUCACUGGCGGAGGUAGGCGGCAUGCCGCACAUCCAGGGGAACAACCUGGAGCGCUCUCAAUUUGAUGCACUCAUCUGCAAGUUUGAGCGGACAUCCUCGCCAGAUUACAAAGAUGACUUUGUCACGAUUUCCAUCGCGUUCCAGCGACCUCCACCGAUGGUGAGCUUGUUUCGUAGCAACCCUGCUGUUGAGAUGGUCACGCAGCUUGCACGUGGUCUACGUGACUUACUGGAGGACCCUCCUGAACUCCAAGAAAUAUCCGUCGUAAAGACUUCCGCUUGGGUGAAAGACAAAGAACGCCGCUUCUGUGUGCUUUGCAAUAAGCGCUUUUCGCCGAUCUUCCGUCGACGCCACCACUGCCGUACAUGCGGUGAAGUGAUCUGCUGGGCGUGUAGCAGUACUAUCCGGGUGCCUUCGAUUAGCUUCACGCACAAUGACACAGGCAAGCAGGUACUAUCGCGCCAUCAGCCGAGUAUCCGCGUGUGCAGUAAGUGUGUGGUGUCCCAUCACCGAUCGAAGAGCGGCAGGGAGCUGAAUAACCAAGAGGAUUUCAAGGAUUGGAUUCAACGGAGUACAGAACAGCAGCAACUCGCUGCAGGUGCCGAGUCUGGAGCGACUCAGCAGCUUCGUUUGCCCAGUCCUUCACACUCGCAAGACCUGUCAGGAGCGCUGGAAAACCCUCGAGAUGAAUCGGAGCAAGUUCCUGUUGCGAAAGAGGAACGAAUGCCUCGUAAGUAUCGUCGAAUCAGCUUGGAUAAUGACGAGGAGGAGAAGGAGGAUGGAGACAACCGUUCUCACCAAUAUCGUGAACUUCCAGAAUCUCUUGACGAUCGACAGCGCCGCGAUUCGAACCUACGGACGUCUCGGAAAAUCUCUGCUGGGAAGCAACGGCAGAACAAUAUGCAGUUGCCACAGCGUCAUAGCUACGGUGAACAGGCAGCUCGUAGCUCCAAACAUAUGCGUCGGGUACGUCGAUCGCACUCAGAAGUCAGUAUCGAGCGCGCAACAGGUCAUGGUCGAGAUAAUCCUCUGAAUGUGGCUAAGCCAGCUCCCAAGAAAAACCCUGAUAGAGGGCGUUCAUCCAGUGCUGGUCGUCGCGGUCCAGUGCCAAACCCUGUGAAGCAAUCAGCUCCACCAAGUCGUGAUAAUCAGGAAGACACAGAGCGACGAUCCAACUCGAUGGAGAGACUUCCCGUGCAAAACAGUAGUAGCUACGUCCAUGCGGCUUCAGCGUGGGCAACAAACAAGACAGAAGCCCUCGCAAUGACUGGCGCCUUUCAAGAAUUGAUGACAAAGCUCGGUGGUGAUGUCCAUUUCGUAGUUGUUGGCUUCUCUACCGGCUUUAGCGCCGAAGUGAUCGUGAACCUUUUGCGUCAGUUAGCACCUGGAGUACCCUACAUUGGCGGCACGAUCGCUCGUGGGAUGUGUGACGAAAAUGCUUGGGUGUCCGUAAACCGGCAUAACGACGAAGGCCUCGUCACCUUAUGGGGUGUAAAUGAUCCUCAUGGAAUCUACUCCAUAGUCCACGCGGAAUAUUCACAGAGCGAUGCCCAUGAGAAGACGUAUGCUGCAGCUAAGACUGCGUUUGCGCGUGUGGCAGGAGACGUUGAUGCCGGUGAAAAGCCAGCGUUCAUUGCAGCGUACGCGUGCCCUCUCUUUGUCGAGCACGCUAUCGACGGUAUACGUGAGGCGAUUCACUGCCCAAUUAUCGGAGGUUGCUCUUCAGAUGCCACAAGACACGGUGAGGGCGAAAUUUCGGUGUCUUGGAUCCAGAUCAGCAGUAGCAGCAGUUCAGAUUACACGAAAAGUGUUCGAGAUGGUCGAGGCGACUGGACUGAAAUGGGCAUCGCUUUUGCGCUCUGCUUCCCAAGUGUGGAGACGUAUGUGAGCUGGUUUAGUGGCUACAGUCCGGUUGGAGUUAACAGCGAGUACUGCAUGGGCACGGUCACGAAGGCGUCGAACAAGACGAUCUACGAAAUUGACUGCAAGCCUGCGGCCGAAGUUUAUCAAGAGUGGCUCGAUGUAGCAUCAGACAAGAGUCAAACUGAACUCUCUUCAAUCGGGUUUCCUCGACUGGGCAGUCUGCAUCCGUUGGGUACCACCAUCGACUUCGUCUCGAAUCAAAUGGAAAUCGACCGUAGCAUUGAUGCGAACUCUUCUUCAUCACUGUGCUCAAUGCAAUCGAGUGACUGGUCCAAGCUCAUCAACAUGACAGCGGUGAUUACUGGUAUCAACGAGGACGGUUCACUCAGCACGACGAGUUCAGUCGCGUCCGGUACCAACGUUGUGCUCAUGGAAACAUCUGCGCAGUCAUUGAAAACUGCCAUCAAUAAGAUGGGAGCGCAAGCUGUAGAAAGCAACAAAUUUUACAUUCACGAGACGAUUGGUUGUCUGAUGUUCCUGUCGGCCGGAGUGCAAGCUCUGCUGGGCCACAAGAGUAUGGCCGAGAUGGUUGGUGCUUACAAGGACUGGUCGGGUGGAGCUUCCUUGAUGGGCAUGACGACGUUCGGUGAGAUCGGUCAUCUGCCCAAUUCAAACGAUUUCCCUCACUACGAUUCGCUCAUGUUCGGCGCCAUCAUCUUCUCCAAGCGCAAGCGGAAAGAAUACCUCUACUUCUGAAAAAGGAUAGUGUCCACUUUUGUCUUCCAAAUGUCCACAUCAUUUUCCUGGUCUAUUUUCAUUUCCCUCC